GAUUGCAUGUGAUGCCCUUAGCUUUAAAAUUGCUGGAACGGACCGGUUCGGCCGUUGUCAGUAUAACACGACUGGGUGAAGUGCCGUGUUACCAUGCCCAGUGGUUCCUGGCCUGUGUGUGUUGCUGCUUUGUUGAACAACCACCAAGUAAGCAUGUAUGGGGUACUGGAACAAAACAAACAGAAAUCUACUUUCGCUAUAACUUCGUCAUACUAGGAUAUGCUCCAGACAAACGCUUAGAACGGAUGAAAGGCAAACUUCGAAAUCUGUUACCACAAUAUUCAAGCAGUCAUCUUAACGAGGAACACUACAGCAUCUACAGCUCGUUAUGGUUAUUACAUAUCAUUGAUUAUCUAUGGAUGGUCGGUUAGCACGGUGAUACCACAAUUUCCUUUCCCCUAAGCGGCCGGGUUUCGAUUCCUCGAUCGUACGGGAAAAGGUAUGGGGUCACCUUCCCGACCAGGUGGGUUUUCUAUGGGUAUCCCGGUUUCCUCCAAUAGUAAGACUCCCCACGAACUUCGAUCUGGGCCAAUAAGCGUGAUUAAUAUAAGUUGAUAUAUUAAUUUUUUUCAUUUGUCGUAAAAUUUAUAUAUUUUUUACAUGUCAUGGACGGUAAUAUAAGAAAUGGAACAAGAAGCAAAGUGGUUUCUUAUGUAAUGUUUUGUAAGAUUUGUCUUUUUUCUCAAUUCAUAGAAUUUCCAGAAAUAUAAAUGAUGCGAUCGAAAGCAAUAUAUCCUUUUGUGUUUGGUAUGACAGUCUACGUGAUCUACGUGUUCAGAAGAAACAUCGUGCCUUCAUUGGCAAAUCCUCAGUACUUCAGUACCUCACACAUGUCAAAGGAGAUUAAGAUAAACGGAAAGCACCAUCAUCCGAGGACCAAAACGACUGGUGCAGGUGGCUGAUUGUGUUAAAAUUAUAGAAGGUGAUAUAGCGGAAAUAAAGAAAGCACAGAGAGUUACCCAGCGUGAUCUUGGAUUUAUAUCCGACCAAACAUAUAUCAACUUUACCCAAAAUUGUGACAAAUUCAAACUUAUGAGAGGUUACAUGGGAGAGGAAGUUGUAUCAGACAUUGAAAGGAGAUUUCCUAUUGCUUUCAGCAUCCUCCUUUACAGGGACGUGGAACAAGCCGAAAGGUUACUCCGCGCCCUCUACCGGCCAAACAACAUUUACUGUUUUCACGUAGACCUCAGUGCUGAUCCCGUGUUACAUAAGGCUGUGGAGUCGAUUGUUAAAUGUUUUCAUAAUGUAUUUAUCAGUUCAAAACUGGAGGAUGUGGUAUAUUCUAGUAUGUCUCGGUUACAGGCGGAUCUGAACUGUAUGGCAGACCUUCUACAAUCCAAUGUACCGUGGAAAUAUUUCAUUAAUUCACCUAGUCAACAGUUUCCGUUAAAGACGAAUUUAGAGCUAGUUAAAAUAUUGACCGUGUACAAUGGUUCCAAUGAUAUAGAAGGAAUUACGCAGCCCUUUAGAAUGUUGAAGAACAGAAUUGCAUAUAAAUAUGUAGUUAAAAAUGGCUCAAUGAUGUUGACUGGUGAGAAGAUGGGAAAACCACCUCAUAACAUUACAGUCGUCAAAGGGAGCGCUUACGGGGCGUUUAGUAGACAAUUCGUCAACUUUACACUCCACAACCAAAUGUCGAGGGAUCUCCUCACUUAUCUCAAAGACGUAAACAGUCCCGACGAGUACUACUGGUCUACGUUAAACCACGACCGAAUGAUCGCGGCACCUGGAGGUUACACAGGUGUUCCCGACAAUAAACCUUUUCUGGCUACAUAUGCUAAUUGGGGAUUGGGUUGCCACGGCAAAUAUGUCCGAGGAGUCUGUAUAUACGGUUUGGGCGACCUGCCAGAGUUGGUCUCUCGCCACGAGUUAUUUGCAAACAAGUUUUACCGUGAUUACCAACCUGUAGCUCUGAGAUGUUUGGAGGAAUGGCAUUUCAACAAAACAUUUUCCUUCCUGCCAUAUGAAUUGUAUUACUAUAGACACCUACCUUUCAUUAAUGGAUAUUUUUAUUAAAUAACAGAACCAACGAAAUUGUUUUUAUCAUAAAACAUAUGAUUGUGUAGUGCUAUUACACUCAAAUGCCAUCUAUUUUCUCUUAAGAUGCAUUAUUUAGUCCUGAACAUUGGUCAAGUUCAGCAAUCUGACGUACAAAGUUUCCACAAAGAAACGACCUUGACCUAUUUCCAAGGCCACAGUAUCAUUAUAGAGGUCGUCAAUCAACUAUGGUUACUCUUUUCCGUCUUUGUUAUUGAGAAAAUGAAAUAAAACAGUUGCCAGACGGACAACACAAUAUGCCUUACGCUCACUCGUCGUUGGUAUAGGCGUGGUAAUAACACUCAUAAUUAAGUCACGAUACGUAUGUCGGUAAGGUAGGUAUGAGCAUAAUCUCUCGAAAUACGUAAACUCUAAUGUCUGUAUAACAUAUCAACUAAAUGUAGUUCGUUUGGUUUUGAUUUAUGUGUAUAUACAGAUUACCUCCCCCGUGUGAGAGCUACAUUUGUGAAUGGAAAAAAGAACAUCAUGCCAUAUCAGGAUACCGUUUACAUCCCGGAACAUGCCUAAUGACGUAUAUCCGUCAGAGAAGCCAACAUCUCAUUAUAUAAUACACCGGUAGUACAGGUAAAGACUUGUAGUCUCUGGUGAUAACGAUAGAUACCUGUGAUGUUUUACCUGUACAUACUACAUGUUGUGGCCUAUAAUUGCGUUAUCUACCAGCCAUAUCUAUAGACUUCAAUAAAUAAAUGAAACGUAUAUUGGUAUACAAUGCCUAUUUAAUAAUAAGACCUUCAUUGAGCAAGCCAAUUUAUACUACAGGUAUAAUGUAAAUGUUUAAGUGUACAGGUAACUCGGGAAAUAGAGAAUCUUACACGAGUCGCUAUGUAAUAUGCAUUUUAUUUGAUAUGUAAAAUGGCGAGCGGCACGUAGAACUGUUGAACGAGCUUGAUAAAUUCCAUAGUUCAUAUCUAGGAGAAAAUGUGACAACUCCUAUAUUAUCACCUUCGCCCGUUUUAAUUGAUAUUGGUAUACCAUGUUUAUUUUUUCUCAUAGCGUAAGUGUAUAUUAAAAGCCGGAGGGUAGUUAUCAUUCAUGUUGAUUAUCUGGCAGCAAAAUGAUAUCCUUAAUUGCGAUUAUCCCUUUGAAAACAAAACAAUUUUGGGUAUUUUUCAAAAAAGAUUAUUCAAUCUGAGAGCUGCUUCUCUGAAAACUGGGCAUAUGUGUUCCAUGUGAGUGUCAUAUAGUCUAUGAUUUGUACAUGUUUAAGACAGUCGAUAUACACAGAUACUAUGAGGCCAUGUAUUUAUUUUGAAUUUAUAAAAUAUAAUGGUGUUAUAUCACAUGUACUUUACGGUAGCUAUACAUAGCUGUGUGACAUGGUAGAACGAGAGCUAUGUAAAAUAACUUGUUGUAAGUUAAUUGAUAAAACCUACAGAAUGUCAUUAUAUUUAUAAAAUAUUUCUACUGUCAA